AUGAACAACCCAAUCCAGCAGACUUGGAACAAUCUCGGACAAAUCAAAGACCGGCUCAUGAAAUUGGUCUUGUCUCUCUUUCCUCGGGCGAGCCGAGAUAUAUUGAUUGGUCCUUCAAGUGGAUAUUUCCUAGCAAACCUCAUAUUUUCUAGCGCUGGUCGACGAACGGGGCCAUCGGGAAACUAUGGCAAUGCGAACAAGCCAAUUUCGCUGUCAUCUGAGUUUUUCAACAGUCCAGCACCGCUCCCUAAUCAGAAAGAAGACGCCGUGGAGCUUACCUCAAAGUACUUUGCUUCGGUGCAUCUCGUAUACCCGUUUCUACACCAACCGUCCCACAUGACAAGAAUCGAGAGAAUGUAUAGCAAUGAAGCACCCCCAAACUCAGCAGAUGCCUUUCACAUCUAUAUGGUGCUUGCAAUAGCAGCCUCGGAUCUCUCUAGGCGGUUUAGAAUUCCACUUCCAGCCGGGGGAUAUUAUACAGCAGCUACCCAGUAUUUAGAACGUGCCUGUGCCGAUAGCUCUUUGGACGGACUGAAGAGUCUUCUCUUGCUGAUGGUUUAUGGACUUCAUAAUCCGUCAUGCGACAUCAAUAUCUGGAGCCUGAAUUAUCAAUGCCUGGGAUCCCUUAUUGACCUAGGUCUUCAGCGUGAUGUUCGUGCAUCUUCGACGUUCUCCAUCUCGUUCUUGGAGCAGGAAAUGCGGACUCGCAUCUUCUGGGUAGUUUACAGCUUGGAUCGUACACUGGCAACGAUGAUGGGUCGACCGAUCGGGGUGAGAGAUGAAGCAUGCGAGCUUCGCCUUCCUUCAGAUGUCUCUGAUGCUCAACUUUCCGAAGAUCCCCCACAAUACGCUUACCCACCGAUACCCGAUAUCUAUCUGUGGCAGACAGAGAUAAUCGAACGCCUUCAAACCUGGCUUGCAAACAUUCCUCGUGGAGCUGGAGGUGACACUAUCUCAAAAAUAUGCGAAACUAAGUAUCACGAAAUGAUGGUCCUAGUGCUAAGGCCUAGCCCUGGAAUUCCCGACCCAUCAGAAGAGACGCUGGCGGUAUGUUUUCAACAUGCCGUAGAUCCUCUCUGUGGGUUUGGGGAGCUUUACAGGCAGGAAGCUCUGCUAUACAGCCGACUGAUUGUUCACUCCGUCUUCUUGACCACGCUGAUAAUGCUUCAUUGCUUGUGGAGGCUGCCCCGUGUCGCAUUAGAGGUGCGCAUUGAUGAGGUGGUCGCUGAUACGAGCAUCAGUCUGAAUAUCGUAAGCAGUAUUGGAGAAUACUGGGCUGAGGCCAAGCGCGCUAGGGAUUGCAUCCACGAGUUAUCUGGUAUGACUGUUCAGAGACUUAUCAGGAUUCGAAGCUUAGAGGCCCCUUCAAGCUCGACCAUACAAGGCAGGAAUCACUCGACUUCGCGCAUAGAAGGAUCACACCAGCUCCAGACUGCCAAUGAAGCAAUAGAGAUGCCUUCUGCGCGAAGUGCUGACUCUGGCAUUGGAAACCUGCCGCUGAACUCUUUGGUGGAUGACUACCAUCCGCACGUUGAUUCUAUAAGUUGGCUGCAUGAUUCUAUGCCCGGGAGCUUCAUGGAUUUCAGCGGGGCUCCGGACUUUGACGGUCUCAUGUGGGAGAUAUUUAAUGCCGGUUAA